AUGGGGGACAGCACAGAGAAUGCCCCUCACCUCUCCCAACGAGGAGCCCACCUCCUCUCCUCCUACGGCCGCAGCACCCAAUCAGCCAAGGAAAUCCUCACAGACGGCUACAACAGCACAAACCCCGACGGCUGGAUAAACCUCAACGCCUCGCAGAACACCCUCCAGCAUCCAGAGCUGCUCCGGUUCCUCCGCUCAAAGUUCGAUCUCGCAGACGUGGAGUUCAAGAUCGGGGACGACCUUUCCGGUUCUAGGCGGCUUCUCCGGGCCCUAGCUGCGUUUCUCAACAGGCACUUUGGACCAUGGAAAGAAGUGGAAGAGGAGGAGAUCAUCCUCGGUGCUGGGUGCGCACCGGUGACGGAGCAGCUGCUGAUGUAUCUCGCCGAUCCGGGGGAGGGAAUCCUGCUCCCCACACCCAGUUUCUCGGGGUACAAACACGACUGUAUGGUGCGCAACGGACUUAGGCCAGUGUUCGUCCACGCAAAGAUGGAAGACCAUUUCUCGACCUCGGCGAUACCGGCGUUCGAGCACGCGCUCAAACGCGCUCAAGAGCAGGGAACAACGAUCCGCGCAGUGCUCCUAUGCAACCCCAACAACCCGCUCGGGCGGUGUUAUCCCCAAGCCGCCUUACUCGCCUAUGCCCGUUUUUGCGAAACCCACAACCUCCAUUUCGUAUGCGAUGAGAUAUUCGCCCAGUCGACCUUUUCCUCCGACCUGCCAAACCCCGUGCCGUUCGUAUCGGCCCUAUCGCUCGAUCUUGCGGCAGAGGGAUGCGACCCUGCACGUGUACAUGUCCUCUAUGGCCUGUCGAAGGACUUUAACGCCAACGGGUUACGGGGAGGGGCGCUUAUCUCGCGCAACCGUCAGCUGCUAGGAGCACUACGCACCACCUCGCACUAUAUCAAGAUGAGCAGCGCGACUGCUCUGCUCUGGGCUCUUGUGCUCGAGGACAAAGGGUGGUGGGAGACGUUCGUUCAGGAGAAUAGGAGGAGACUUGGGAGGGCGUAUGCGUACGUCACCGCUUGGCUGAGGUUUCACCAGAUCCCGUACUAUCCGGCCAGCGCGGGGCACUACAUCUCUGUCAACUUGCGCCAGUUUUUCCCUUCCCACGAUGCGGAAGGGAACGACAUUGGCGAGGAGGAGGAGGCGAAAGACGAUCUGCUGAACAGGAUGUUGAACAAGGGGAAGGUACUACUGGGCUCGGCUGCAGGGUUCAACUUCCCGGAAAAGGGCUGGUUUAGAUUAUGUUAUUCUGCCCCGGACGGGGACGUACUGCCCGGACUGAGGAGAUUGGAGAAGAUGUUUGACCUGCCGGAAUGGGACGGCGGUUCGGGGUUGUAGGCAGUGUUGUUUUCUGAAGAUAGAUUGUUGGAGAUGGAGAUAGGGAUUGGAAGCAGGACAUGCAGGGAAGACGUCAUGUCGCGCAAUUACGACGAUUUUGAAUGAGAGAUU